GUUGGUGCGUCGAAGCAGUCGAGUUGGUUGAGUUGACAUCAUGAUUGGCGUACUCAUUAGAUCUCAGUAAAUUUAGCACCUUCUAUUCGUUUAACAAAGUACAAUUUACGGGUGUUUGUGAAACAGGACUACCAUAUCACCAACGAUCCAUCUACAAUGCCGAAAAAAUUUGGCACCAACACGAAGUCAGCCGAAGCUCGCGCUAAAAAGGAAGCCGUCAAGAUAGCUGACAAGGAGAAGAAAAUAAGAGAAGCCGAGGAAGCCCUCUGGGCGGACGAUGACAAGCACAUAGCCAGGAAACAACAAAGGAAGGAGGAGAGAGACAAGAAGAAACCGGAGCAGCUCGAGAAGAAGGCGGCACUAAAGCAAAUGUAUGAUGAAGAGAUGAACAGCAUCAAGUCCGUGAAAGCGCGAGUUGAGAAAGUCACAAGAGCAGACAUUGCAGCCUUAGCCGAAAGGCAACAGAAGGCACAAAAGGACCCACAGGAGAUGCUGCUGCAUGAGAAGCCCUUAGAAGAAAAUAUCAACAGAGUCUUUGUCGAAAAUGAAGCACGGACGGUUGAUGAAGCAAUUGCUGUGCUAAGGCAAGCUUUGAUACGUUCUCUCACUUUCUUUCACCUGUACUGCGUACAGUGGUACCUCAAUUUUACGUUCCCCAGUUUUGCGAUGACCUGCAGUUUGCAUUUUGCAAAUCGGUUUGGUCCUGGCAACAUCCCUAUAAAAAUAAUGUAUUAAAAACCUCAGUUAUAC